AGCACGGGACUGCGUGGGUACCGCAAUGACCAAAAAGUCCCAAGUCUUCUCACAAGGCGCUUUCCCCUUCCUCCUCUUCUUCUUUUUCCAAUGAAGACGAUUUGAUCACUCAAUUUUCACAGGGCAAAGCUCGACCAUUAAUUACGACGUCGUGUUGAUCACGGACGAGAUGGCCCCGAUUUUAAGGAGCUCAUUCACAUUCGCUCUCUCGACGGUACUUAUUUUAUUUUUCUCGGUCUCGUCUUCUACGAGCUCCACAACUUUUGCCAUCGCGAGCAACAACAGCAGCCAAGGCGUUUUCAGCGUCAAGUAUCGAUAUGCCGGAAGAGAGCGCUCCCUCAGCACCCUUAAGGCUCACGACAGCCGCCGCCAGCUGCGUAUUCUUUCCGGCGUUGAUCUUCCUCUUGGGGGCUCCGGCCGUCCUGAUGGAGUCGGGCUUUAUUAUGCGAAGAUUGGAAUAGGAACACCUUCAAAGGACUACUAUGUACAAGUAGAUACAGGAAGUGACCUUAUGUGGGUCAAUUGCAUUCAAUGCAAAGGAUGUCCCACAAGCAGCUCCCUUGGUAUAGAGCUAACACUCUACAAUAUAAAGGCCUCCUCCACUGGGCAGUUGGUUUCUUGUGAGUCGCAAUUUUGCUAUGAAGUAAGUGGUGGUCGUCUACCUGGGUGCCAACCCAAUAUUACAUGUCCAUAUCUUGAAAUAUACGGAGACGGAAGCUCAACUGCUGGUUAUUUUGUGAAGGAUGUUGUGCAGUAUGACAAGGUUUCAGGAGAUCUCCAGACUACUUCAUCAAAUGGAAGUGUUAUGUUUGGGUGUGGUUAUUCACAAUCUGGGGACUUAGAUUCAUCUAAUGAAGAUGCACUUGACGGCAUACUUGGUUUCGGGAAAUCAAAUUCAUCAAUGAUUUCACAGCUUGCUUCAACUGGAAAAGUUAAAAAAAUGUUUGCUCACUGCUUAGAUGGAACAAAUGGGGGUGGUAUCUUUGCUAUUGGACACGUUGUACAACCGGUAGUUAACAUGACACCUUUGGUACCGAAUCAGCCCCAUUACAAUGUCAAUGUGACGACUAUUCAAGUUGGACAUGAUUUCCUAAAUCUUCCCAAAGAUUUAUUCGAGGCUGGAGACAGAAAGGGGACACUGAUCGACAGUGGUACAACCUUGGCCUAUCUCCCUGAAAUUGUUUAUGGGCCCUUAGUUGAUAAGAUACUUUCUUGGCAGCCUGAUUUGCAAGUUCAUACCAUUCAUGAUGAUUAUACUUGCUUUCAGUACUCAGGAAGUGUGGACGAUGGAUUUCCAAAUGUCACUUUGCAUUUUGAAAAUUCAGUUUCCUUACGGGUUUAUCCGCACGACUAUCUCUUCUACUUUAAAAGAAAAAAGAAGGGAAAAAAUCCUGGGCACAAGGUCAGGCAUUUGAGGCGGGGUUGGGAAAAAGCAAGAUGUAUGCAACUUUACCCUUGCAUUGCAAAGCGGUUGUUUCUAGGAAUUUAUAAAAAAAAAGAAGGUUUAUGGUGCAUCGGUUGGCAAAACAGUGGAAUGCAAUCAAAGGAUAGAAGGAACUUGACCCUUUUGGGAGAUUUAGUACUUUCAAAUAAGCUAGUCUUGUAUGAUCUCGAAAAUCAGGUCAUUGGGUGGACUGAGUAUAACUGCUCCUCAAGUAUCAAAGUGCGGGAUGAACAGACUGGAACUGUACAUUUAGUAGGUUCCCACACUAUUUCUUCUGCGCGCAAUUUGAUUAUGAGAUGGACUACGAUAUUACUGUUGUUAUUGAUGUAUGCUUCUAUGAAUUCAAUUUAUUGAAGUGUGCUACAAUCAGUAAAUUACUAAAAUGUAUUCAGUCAAAAUGAAGGUAAAGAAAAGGGAAAUCUCAAGUUCAUGGUUGAAAAGGCGCAUCACACACUUUAAAUGUGGAAACUGGUAAGGCUAAAGUCAUUGCACGAAAAUUCACUUUUACUGAU